AUGACAUGUUAUUUCUUGAUCUUCUAUUAAAUAUUAGAUCAAGCAUAAUCAAAAAUAAUUUAUGAAGAUUUAUUUAACAGUGUUUAAGAUAGUAAAAAUAUUAUAAUAUUGUUUAAGCAUGGUAUGCAUAUCGGAAUUUAGAUUGUAAAAAUAAAGAAGGCAUAUCGUAUUUCUAAAGUGAAUAAUGCCAAGAUUACAAAAUUUUGUUAAUCAAUUAAUGUUUAUCAUACGAAUAUCAUCAUUUGAUUUUCAAAACUAUAGAGCUUUAACCUCACUAUCAAUUAACAUUAUAAUUAACAUUUUUGAGGUGAUAAUAUAGGAUUUAACUUUUUAGAGAAAAGCCAUCAGUUGAUCCUGAAUUUUUAGUUUAUAUUGAUGACAGAAUUGUACUUUAAAGGAGUUAUACCGAUUAUAUUCAUUCAAAUGAUUUUUGUACAUUAAACACUAGAAAUUAUGAAUUAUACCCUAUUAUUAUAACAAUUGAUCAUUCAAGUUCAUCUGUUACAAUAUCAAUGAUUGCUCAAAAGGGAUUUUGGGGAAUAACAAAAUUUGAAAUAUCAAUUAAAGAAUGUUCUAUUGGAUGUGAUUCUUGUAAUAGUAAUAGAUGUUUCAAUUAAGAAUUAUUUUUUAAUUAAUUUACUUCACUAGACUUUUCUUUUAUGGAUAUUGAAAAAACAUGGUAAACUAAAGAUAUUACAAAUAUUUAAAUUGAUGAAUGUUUAGGUAAAUUAUUUAAAUAAUUAUUAUUUAGGAUUUAAAUAUCUAGUUUCUAAUGGUGAUCAUUUGAUCAAAUAUUUUGAUUUAGAUUAUCAUCAUGCAAUAUGCUUUGAACUAAAACUGUUGAUUUUUAAUUCAUAAUCAACUUAUAUUCAUAUUUUUAUUGAUGAUGUUUUUGUAUCGUAUGUUAAAGCAACUUGA